UUAGAAUAAAAAAUAAAUAAAAUACUUAAGAAAAAUAGUGAUACAAAAUAUUCUUGCCCUGAAUAAAUAUAAAUCCAAAUAAUUCUAAUAAACGAACAUAGUUAUUAAUAAAUACCUAAACUUAACGGAAUAUGUCCAGUGUUGAAACGGCAGAACAAUUUCGAACGCGCUCUAAAAUCGAUCAGCCCAUAGAAACACAAUUUAAUGGCUCCACUGAUUUCAUACUCGUGACCGAUCAUCAGUCGCCGACUAAAGGACGUAGCUUCGGCGACUUCUGUGAGUCUAGCCUAAAGAAUGUCUUCCGCAAAAAAACGCUCUAUAAACGUUUACCUAUUUUGAAAUGGUUACCUCGAUAUACACGCAGCGAUGCAGUCGGUGAUCUAAUAGCGGGCAUAACUGUUGGCUUGACGGUCAUUCCGCAAGGUUUAGCCUAUGCCGGCGUCGCUGGACUGCCAACACAGUAUGGUCUUUAUGGUGCGUUUAUGGGAUGCUUCGUUUACGUAGUACUCGGCACGUGUAAGGACAGCACCAUCGGAUCGACAGCGAUUGCAUCUCUUAUGGUCUUCCAGUUCGCCAAAGGUGAAUGGCAACGCGCUGUGUUACUUACAUUCCUCACUGGCAUCAUCGAAAUUCUUAUGGCACUCUUCCGAUUAAGUUUCAUCAUUGAAUUUGUUUCGGGUCCAGUGAGCGCCGGCUUCACAAGCGCUGUCGCAUUAAUCAUCUCCACAUCGCAGAUUAAAAAUAUAAUCGGUGUUAAAAAUGGAGAAGGCUCCACAUUUCUGGAGCGUUGGAUAAGCAUGAUUAACGAUAUCGGAAGUAUACGCAUAGCGGACACCAUUCUCGGCUGUAGCUGUGUUGCAAUUUUGAUAUUAAUGCGCUUCAUAGGACGCAUUAAGGUGGGUCCAAAAACUGAACGCAAAUGGUAUCAUAACUUGCUCACUAAAAUUCUGUGGUUUCUGGGCGUAUCACGAAAUGCCACAUUGGUGGUGGUAUGCGCAGUACUGAGCAUGCACCUGAAACAUCAAGGUAAAGAUUACUUUCGGCUGACAGGAUUUAUACCAGCGGGAUUGCCUGAAUUUCGUCUACCACCCUUCUCCAUUGAUGCUGUACCGGCCAAUUCUACUAGCGGGCAGUUAGCUGUAGAACCUGAAUCAUUCUUGGAUAUGGUGAGUAAUUUGGGUUACGGCCUGUUGAUUGUGCCGCUCGUUGCGUUGCUGGAGAAUAUUGCCGUAUGCAAAGCUUUUGCUAAAGGACAACCUAUUGACGCAACACAAGAAUUAGUUGCCAUGGGCGUAGCAAACGUGGCCAAUUCAUUCUUCCAAGGUUAUCGUGCCAAUGGUGGUCUCGCACGUUCGGCUGUCAAUAACGCUAGUGGCGUUCGUACACCACUCGGAAAUCUUUAUAUCGGCUUGAUAGUGAUGUUUGCUUUGGUCUAUUUAACUGACUUCUUCUACUAUAUUCCAAAGGCAGUUCUAGCUUCCAUCAUUAUCUCAGCGGUGAUCUUCCAACUGCAGUAUCAUGUUAUAUUGCCAAUGUGGCGUAGUAAGCGUACCGAUUUAAUUCCAUGUUUUGUUGCCUUCAUUGCCUGCCUGGUUUUGCCGCUGGAGGUGGGCAUCCUUAUAGCAAUCGGUGUGAAUCUUCUAUUUAUUUUAUACCAUUCGGCGCGUCCGAAAGUUCGUCUGGAGACAUUGGAGACUCAUGAUGGCAUAAAAUUCCUGAAACUAACACCAGAUCGCUGCCUCAUCUUUCCCUCUGUCGAAUUUGUGCGCAAUCUUGUAUUGAAAUUUGGUAAUAAAACCACACUUCAUGUGGUUAUCGAUUGCACCUACAUCUAUGGUGCGGACUACACUGCCGCCAAAGUGAUAUCUUCGCUAAUUGAAGACUUCAAACAAAGAAACCAGAAAAUUAUUUUCUAUAAUUUAAAGUCAAAUGUUGUGCAAAUCUUUGAGGGUUUGAACCUAAAUUUGGUUUUGUGCUACAAUACUGAUGCGCUGACACAGGCGUUGAAGGAGAAUCUUAAUGGUGCGGUAUCAAACUCAGUACCUCAUCUUAGCGCUGAUGUCGAGUCUGGGGUGGAGAGUAGUAGUGAAACACUGAAUUCUACUCUUAUAUCCGACACGCCGACCACUGAUAACUUAUCGAAAUUGUAAAUAACUCAGUCAGAAUGUGCGUAGGCAGGAACACAUAUUUACAUAAGUAUAUGUACAUUUAAGUGUUUGUAAAUAUUUUUAUUAGAAGCUAGUUUACCUGGAAAAUAUGUUCCUAAAAGUAC